UCACUUCCGGUGCAGAGGUGACCGCGGAAGUUAAACGUCUAGACGCGAUGCUUUUUGACUCAAACCCAACACGAAGUGUUUAAAGUGCGAUUUCUAAGUACUUGAUAAUGGUAACGUUAUAUCCGCAAUGUGUGAAUGGUCCACUCGCUGAUGUUUACUAGUUGUAGUUUCUUGUGGACAAGCUUAAUAAGCUAACGUUAGUUAGGCAACUGGCGCUUUUGUUGUCAGCGGUAACCUAGCAGCAUCCGAAGCAUCAAACAUCAUGGAAACAUCAGGAUGGCUGUUCAAUGUAACCUGCAGCCUAUAUUCUGCAUCUAGCCUGACGCAUCUUACUGAACGAUGUUAAAUAAGACAUUUCGUUUAACUUAGCUAGCUAACGUUAAUUAAUGAACACGAGUAGCAGUUUGUGCAUUAAUGUUUACGUAAAUUGCCUAAAGCACCUACGUUAACUUAACGCUAUCACAAAUGUAGCUAGGUUAGCUAUUAGCUAGCGAAACAUGUUAAUGUGGCGUUAACGUCAAUAAAUAAAGCUUUGAUGUGCACGGCAAAGUUUAGUUUAGUUAGGUAACGUUAGUUAUCACUGUGCUGUCUGCUCAAUUCCUGGUGAAUACGCUAUGGCCAAGAUGCCCACUGCUCUUGAGUGGGAUAAAAUGACGAAAAUUGACCCAGCAAGCCUCUAUGAUUGUGAAAAAGAGCAAGUGGACGAAGUUUUCAGCAUGUUCGUUUUGACAGAAGAAUGGGAGGUGAAGGAUAAAGCCCCGGAGGACAUUAUGCAAGUCCUCAGAGUGUUUCAGGCCCUGUUGAAGAUCAAGGAUCGGGAUUUUACUGUUGCCGUCAACUUUAUUGAUAAGAUGGGUGUAAAGCAUGCUAAAACUGAAACAGAACUCCUCACCAAGGUGUCGAGGCUGGAGCAAGAGUGUAAGCACUCCGGCACAGGGCCAGACACCCGCUUUCUGAGAGAUGAGAUCCGGCAGCUCGAGACCCAGCUGGAACAGAGGGAGAAGGAGUUGACCCAGUUAAAGAAAGAAAUGGGCAAGGAAAAGAAAAACAAUGAGGAGUUGGUGGUGCGAGCAGAGGAGGCUGAGGAUGAAGUCAAGAAGCUGAAAAGAGAGAUUAAAAAGCUUAAAAAGAAGAAUGAGCAGCUCCAGCAGGAUGUGGACUUCUAUCGUGGAGAGCUGGACCAGAAAGAGCCGGCCCCAUCCAGAGAUGAGAAUGCUGAGACCCAGCGGAAGCUCAACUUGGCCAACCGCCAGCUCUAUCAGUGCUUGGAAGACCUUCAGCAAGCCGAAGAUGAAAACAUACACCUGAAGACACAGAAUGAGCAGAUGCAGAAAAGUCUGGAGGAGUCAGUGAAGGAGAUGGAGAAGAUGACAGAUGAGUACAACAAAAUGAAAAUUGUUGUGCAGCAGACUGACUCUAUUAUGGACCAGCUCAGGAAAGAGAGAGAUCAUGCAAAGCUGCAAGUCAGAGAGUUAACGGAUAAGAUUCAUAGCAUGACUGAAGAGGAUGACCCAAUUAUGGCAGCAGUCAAUGCCAAAGUGGAGGAGUGGAAGAGAGUGCUCUCUGGGAAAGACGAUGAAAUUGUGGUGUACCAGCAGAUGAUCCGUGAUCUGAGGGAAAAGCUGCGUUCAGCCCAGUUGGACUUGGACAAAAGCAACAUUAUUGCCUUGCAGCAGGCCGUCCAAGAGAGAGAUAAUCAAAUUAAGAUGCUGAGUGAACAGGUGGAGCAGUAUACAGGGGAAAUGGAAAAGCACACCCUGCUCAUUGAGGAGCUAAAGACGUCCACAAAUAAAGACCGAGGCCUACCAUCGACCAUACAGCAGAGAAAGAUGGAAGAGCUGAAGUCCAAGCUGGACGCUGCAGAGACCCGAGCAGUGGAAGCAGAACGGAUGGUAAAGCUUGCAGAAACUCAUGCUGAGGAAAAAGACAAAGCACUCAUUGAGGCUUCAAACCGCUUGAGCCAGUACGAGUCUGGCACUUACGGCCUGGAAGCAGCCAUUGCGGAGAUCAAAGAGUGUAAAAUUCAAAUUAGAGUGAGAGAUCGUGAGGCAGAGGCCAUGACCAAAGAGAUCAACCAUCUUGAGAUGAGAAUCAAUGACCUCAUGGACGAAAACGAGGAUUUCCGAGAAAAACUAGGUCUGGAACCAAAGCAGGAAGUGAAUCUGACAGAGUUCAGGCGGGCCAAAGAUCUCAGACAACGCCAGUACAAAGCAGAAAACCAAGUCCUCACCAAAGAGAUUGAACGGCUUGAAGAAGAGAGACUGGAACUAAAGAAACAAAUCAGACGUAUAGUGAAGGAAAGAGGGAUCCCACAGUCAAGCUUGCUGCUGGAGGAAGACAUUGGGCCCAGUAGAACUGUUCAGCUGCCACUCAAACAAAGCAGCACUUACACAGAUGAAAACAUCCAACGCCAAAAUGAGUAUCUAGAAAAAGAACUUAGCAAUAAGGAGAGAGAGCUGGAACUUCACAAGGCCCUGUUUCACAUCAAAUUGGAUGAAUUGUCAAAAGUUAAAAAUGACCUGGAGGCUGCGCUGAAAGAUGUCCUCCGAGCCAUGAGAAUUAAUCAAGAGACCAUUUUAUCUGACGCUGCCCUCAAUAUUCCUAAUCUGGAAAGGUUGGCUAAUGCUAUAGAUGUCAACAACACAAGCGGGCAGUCUGAGUCAGCCCUGCACCUCAAGUCCCAGAUUCAUCAGCUGCUAGGGAGAAAUGAAGAACUGAGGCAGGAAUUGAAAUUGGCCCGGGAGGAAGCAACCAGCAGCUUCAGUCAUCUUUCCAGAGCCAAAGAAAAGGUGAGCCAACUGGAAGGUGAAUUGGAGCUGCUAAAGAAGUCAGGCAGCCGUGGAGUCGUCCUCCGACCUCUGACCCUCCCAGAGGGCCUGGGGCCCAGCAGCACUGAGGUCAUCAGUUCUUUGAAUGAAUACGCUGUUCGACUUCUUCAGGAGCUCAAAAACAAGGAGGAUAAAAUCCAGAAACUCGUAGGAACACUGGAGGAAUACAAAGAGAAGUUUUCUGUUAUUAGCCACCAACAGGGACUCCUCUAUAAAGAAUACAUAAGUGAGAAAGCUGAGUGGCAAAAGAAGAACGAGACAUUUAUACAGAUGAAGAACAAGCUGGAGGAGCAAAAGCAUGUGGAUGAUGUUAAAAUCCAAGAGUUCAAUGAGCUGCUCGACACCCUUCUGAAGGAUCCAGAGGAAAUCAGGAGACAGUUAAGCGAAGCAUUGCGCAAGUUGACGGUGCUGAAGGUUAAUGAGAAGAAACUGACGCGGCGCUACAUCACCUUGCUGGAGCAAGAACAGCACCUCCGCAAGGAGAACAGCAAGCUGAGGGACGAGAGCAGCCACAUGCAGGCCUCCGUCACCCAGAGGAUAGGCUACCUGCAGAGAUACAAGGAAAUGGCUGCAUAUAAGAUAGCAGCACUGCAGAAGGCCUUGGAUGAUAGUGUGCCCUCAUCAGACCUGGAGAGAGCUAACAAACAAUACACAGAGCUCACAGUCAAAUACAGAGACAUGCUACAGAGGGAUAGCCGCCUGAUACAGAGAACCACCAAUCUUGAACAUUUGGAGAGUGAGAAUGAGUCUCUUCGGGAGCAAAUCUCUGCCAUGAAUAAAGAACUGGAGAUCACAAAGGAGAAACUAAAUACUUUAGAGCAAGCAUGGGACAACAGCAAUGCAAUUGGAGGUGAAAAUAGCAUGGACAAGGCUUUGGCCAACAAUGAUAUGGUAUCUGCCGCCAGGCGGAUCACCACUCUCGAGAUGAAGGAGCUGAACGAGAGGCAGAGAGCUGAGCAUGCCCACAAAAUGUAUGAACAAAUGAGGAACUCCCUCAGGCAGGUGGAAGAGCGUAACUUAGAACUGGAGUCCAAGUUUGCAGAGUUGACCAAGAUGAAUGUAGAGGCCCAGAGGGUGGAGCGGGAGCUGAGAGAUGAGUUGGCAGACAGCAUCAGCAAAACUGUGAGCGACGCUGACAGAGCCAGGAUUGCAGAGUUGGAGAAGGCCGAGGCUGAGCUUCGCAUCGAGGUUUCUAAGCUUCAAGAGGUGUCUGAUGUGGCCAUGAUGCAGGUGUCUGCUCUACAGACCAGACAACAGUCCAAAGACAAGGAAGUAGAAGCUUUGAGAAGACAAAUACUGGACUACCAGUCACAGUCAGAUGAGAAGGCCCUCAUUGCAAAGCUCCACCAGCACAUAGUGGCUCUGCAGCUCAGUGAGUCAUCUGCUUUGGCCAAGCUGGAGGCUGCCAUCUCUCACAUCCAACAGCUGGAGGCCUACAAGCUGCGUGCCGAACAGCGGCUGGAUGCCAGUGAGCGCACUCUGUUCCUCGCCCGCCAGGAGGGCAGCAAUCGCUCCAUGCACCUACGGCAGACCAUCCAGUCACUGCGUAGGCAGUUUGCCGGAGCUCUCCCUCUUUCCCAGCAGGAAAAGUUCUCUGUGACCUUGGUGAACCUCCAGGAGGACAGAGCAAAAUCCCAGAAGGAGAAGAGGAACGCGGAGGAGGCAAGGAGGAGAGCAGAGGGCAGGGCGGAAGAAGUGGAACUGAGACUUAGAGCCUUGGAGGAGCUCAUCUCAACACUGAAGGAUGUGAAAGGGGCCCAGAAGAUAACUGAGUGGCAUAAGAAGAUUGAAGAAGCUCGUCUGCAGGAGCUGAGGAAAGGCAGGGAGCUGGUGGUUCAGAAGGAGGAGAUCAGGUAUCUGAAGAACCUGGUGGAAGAGCAGGAGCGAACAAUCUGCUCACUGGAAGAAGAUAUUGUGGAGCAAAACAGGCUUCAAGAAGAACGCCAACUUGCAUGGGAUCAGCGAGAGGUGGAGCUGGAACGCCAACUGGACCAGUACGAGAAGCACCAGAAUGAAAUACUAAGCAGUGCGGAAAAGUAUGAGGAUGGUGCAGGAUCCAUACCAGACCCUAGUCUACCUCUUGCUCAUCAGUUAGAGUUUGCUUUAGGUAAAAUCAAACAGCAUGCCCGUACCAUCUUGGACACACAGGCGACCUGCAAAAGUUUGGAUGAGAAGUUGAAAGAGAAAGAAGCAGCUCUGUGGAAGGCAGAACAGAACAUCGUGUCCAGGGAUAAAGUGAUCAAUGAACUGCGUAUUCGGCUCCCAGCUGCUGCCAACAGAGAACGCCUGCUGGCUGACCUUUCCAAGCAUGAAGAGGGCCAGUCAGACAAUAAGCCUGCUCUGAAGCUGGCUCAGCAGAUGAUCAAAGACCUCCAGGGUAGACUUGACAAGAAAGAGGAUGUGCUCAAGAAAUAUCAGAACCAGCUGGCUCAAGCCAGACAGGAUCAAGAGGAGAUGAUAAAGCGACACCAGGAGGAGCUGAGAAUGCUGCAUGAAAAGUUGGACUUGCAUGCGGACACCUCCCUAGACCACUUUAAACAGACAGCAAUGGAAUUGAUGAAGAAGCCCACACUCAAGGUGCCAACCACCAAGCAUCUGGAGCGUCUGGCUGAGUUGGAGCAGACAGUGGAUGAACAGGACAUUUCGCUCUCCUCCGUCACACAAAAUCUGAAUCUGACCACUGCUGAGCUGGAGCGACAGAAGGCCGCCAUGGAAACACAGGCCAAGAAACAUGCCGACAAGAUGUCAAAGCUGGAGGAGUAUCAUGCUUCCCAGGUGAAAGCUCUGACUGAAGAGAAUGAAGAUCAGAGAAGCCAGAUGGCCCACAUGGAGAAAGAGAUUAACUUCCUCCAAACUGAGCUGGCAGCCCUGAAGGAGGCCAACAUCCGCUCCCCCAGCAACACCAUGAAAAACCUGGUGGAACGACUGAAAGCACAGCUCACCCAGAAAGAGAAACAGCUUAAGGCUCUCAGUAAGGCUCUGUUGGAGCUGCGAGCAGAGAUGACAUCUGCUGCAGAGCAGCAAGUCAUAGCCAGCGCUGCGCAAAAAGAGGAGAGUCUCAAUGUACAGGUGUUGGUUGACAGACACACCAAAGACCUAAAGGUGCGGGUGCAAGAACUUAAUGAAGAACUUCAAGCUGCAAAGGAGUCUGCCAAAGCAGCCAGAGGCCGGGAGAACACCCUAAAAGAGGAAGUGGAUGGCCUGAACCAGGACCUCCAGAGGAGUCAAAAAACCCUGAGACGCCUGCAAGCUGAAAAGGAGGAGAGAGAGCAGGAAAUCCAGGAGCUCAACCAGCAAAUCAAGAGGCUCAGCAGCGCCCUUCAGAAUCAACCAGAACCAGAUGGGAAGAGACCAACCAUUGAGAAUAUGCAAAAGAAGAUCAGGAGGCUGGAGUCUGAUUUGGAGAAAAGAGCAGAAAUGAAAAAUGUUAAGGACGAUCAUGGAAAGAACAAAGACGAAAUUGUGCGUUGGGAGGAGGGUAAGAAAUGGCAGGUCAAGAUGGAAAAGGUGAAGAAUUCACUGAAGGAGAAGGAACGAGAGAAUGAAUCCCUGUCAAAACAGCUCAGCACUCUUAAAGACCUCUAUGCUAGACUGGAGCAAGAGAAGAGUGCACUGCAGAAGAAGCUGAAGGCUCGAGGUGUGACUGCCGAUCAGGUGGUGGGAGUGAGAUCCACUGAAAUGGAGAAGGAGAUGGAGGAGCUAAAGAAGAAGAACUCAGACCUGGAGAAACAGAUCCUCACCAUAAAACAGCACCAGGCUUUACCACGUGAUGACGCCAUGGAGAAUCUGACCCUGAGGAAUCGCUACCUGGAGGAGAGACUCCAUUCCUUAGAGAGCCAGGUAUCCAAAGAGCCUCCAUCAAGACCCUCUACUUCAGGACGAGACACUGGCACUCCCUCACAAAGAGAUCAGGACCUCCAAAAAGAAAACCUCAAGCUGGCCUCUGAGAACCUGGAGCUGCGAUUUCAGUUGGAGCAGACCAACAAAGACUUACCAAGACUCAAGAAUCAAGUUGCAGACCUUAAGGAGAUGUGCAGCGCGCUAAAAAAGGCAAAGGCAGAGGUGGAGAAAAGGCUGGCACAUAUACGUGGAGGAGCCGGUCACAGUGGUAAAACAGUACCUGAACUUGAAAAGACCAUUGGUUUGAUGAAGAAGGUGGUGGAGAGGGUGCAGAGGGAAAAUGAGUCACUAAAGAAAUCCAGCGCACCUCCAAAUCAAGACAACGUAGCUGCCUUGGAGCAAGAAAAUGAAAAACUAAAGGCUGACUUUGAGAAACUCAAGAGUCAAAGUGAAGCUGAGCUGAGUUCCAAACUUGAAUCUAAAACUAAAGGACUGGAGAAAAUAGUGAUGGAAAAUGAACGUCUACGCAAGGAGAUCAAAAGGGAAAUUGAAGCUGCAGAGAGGCUGAGAGUGACCAAGACAAGUCUGGAAGUUACCAUCGACAAGCUCGAGGCAGAGCUGGAAGAAACCAAGAUCAGGUUGAGGGCAGCUCUAUCCAGGCCCAUCACAGAGGGAGCAGACAGUAAGGCCUGGAAGGCAUCUGUGGUAACUAGAAUGUUUGAGAACAAGAUGAAGGAGCUGGAGAAGGAACUCUCCCAGAAGACCUCCAGUCUGUCUGAACUCAAACAACAACUGAAGGAGGUGAAUGAGCGAGAGGAGAGAGCUCAGAUAAGCAUCCGGCAACUUGAAGAUCAGGUUGAAAUGUUGAAAAAAUAUCCUACUGCUGCAAAGACAGAAGGAGGACUCACCAGGGAGUUCCAGGGAAUGAGAUUGGUUAACACUGAGCUGGAGAAGGAGAACACAGCACUGAAACAAAGUUUGAAGGAGUACAGUGAGCGAUAUGGAGAGACAUCUUCUAAACUAGAUCAAGGGAAGCUCAGACACCGUCUACAGGCAGCUGAAACAGAGAAUACUAAACUUCAAGCUGAGCUUAAAAAGCUCAAGAAAGAACUGGAGAGCUUUGACCCGACCUUUUUUGAAGAGAUUGAAGACUUAAAAUAUAACUAUAAUUUAGAGGUCAAGAAGAACAUUCUGCUGGAGGAACAGCUGAAGAAGGUGUGUGAUCAGUUUGGUGUAAAGGCUGAAAAGCCGGUCAGCUAACUCAGGGUUACUGUGCCUUUUAAUUCCGACUUAACCUACACCUGAAUGUACUUCAGUGGUUGUUGGUCUUUAAACGUGGAUAUUCUCAAACUUUUAAGGUGAUUUUCAAUUUAGAUCUCUAGAGCUGGAUCAGUCGGGCACCAAACGUUGACCAAAGAAUGUCUAAUCAGCGGAGACACAGACGUGGAAUUUCAGGGCCAAUAAUUAUAACCAAUAAGUAUCUGUUGGUGUGGACAAUAGCUAUAUGGUAACAGAUAAUAUUCAUCCUACAAAUGCAAACAUGUAAAGAGGACAAUAAAUAUGUAUUUUUAGAUUGAAAGGUUUAUUUUUUUCUAAUACAUAAAUAUUUACAGAGCCUUUACCUUUAGACAGUUUACCCGUUAAGAACUUUAGCUUCAUGUGUUACAUCAGAAAUAGGUUUAAACUAAACAUGUUUGUCGGUAUUUUUCUAAAUACGUUACUGAAAUCAGCAUCAUUUUGGUAAUUGUACUAAAACUCGGGUAUCGUAUCAGCACUAGUAUGUAAUGUUUCCAAACGAUGUCCAGCCCUAAAUAUCUCUGGAUCACAAACAAUUUCUACUAAGUACUAAGAUAUUCAAUAUUGAUAUAGCAGCACUGACCACUCAAGAGUUUUUAGGUAAUGCAGUUUGAAAUCUUGCACUCACAUUCCCUAAGCAAUGUCACUGGAAAUGGUAGGAUAAAAUAUCCCCUUUUCAGAACAGCCUAACAGUAAAGUGAUGUAGCUCCUCCAUUUUUUUCCCCACAUGGCAGCUGUUUUUUUUGGGGUUGUUUAUAGGUUGGACACAUAUUUAUUUCUUUACAUUUGUACAGUUUUGACACAUUGUGCUGAGGUAAAUUUUUUCAAUAAAACCGCUUUUGUACUAAUCAGACUGUUUUAUAAAAAACUGUUCAAUAAAAAAGGUGUAUAUACUCA